GGAUAUCUGUGUAAUGAUAAUGGCUCUGCUAGUCAAAAUGGAACUGAAAAGUGUGGAAAACUAGAGAAGGAGCUAGCAAACAGUACUAAAAUUCUUUCUGAAAAAAUAAAGAAUAAACAUCUCUCUGGAUCCGGAAAAACCAUUCCAUGGUAUAAGUUGUCGACAUUUCUUAGUGACAGUGACUGUGCAAGGUUAGAAUCAGACUGUUUUUAUUUAAAAAGUCAAGCACCUCUUGACAAAGAAUGCAAUAAUCUGAAGGCAGCAUGUUAUAAGAGAGGGCUUGAAGCACGAGCCAAUGAAGCAUUGCAGAGAAAGAUGUACGGAUUGUUCCGUGGUUCAGGCAAAGAAUGGUUUAAGAAGCUAUUGGAUAAGAUAAUGAAAGAGUGUUCGGAACUUAAAACAACAAGUGAUGAGUUGUUUUUGCUAUGUAUUGAUCCACUUAAAGCAGUUAGAAUACUUGCAGCUGAUAUCCAAACAAGAGCGGUCUUUUUGCGGAAACAAUUGGAUCAAAAGCGAGAUUUUCCAACAGACAAAGACUGCAAGGAAUUGGGGAGAAAGUGUGAGGCUUUAGGAAAGGAUUCAAAUCAGAUUCAAUGGCCAUGUCAUACGCUAAAGCAACAAUGUGAUCGCUUAGGAACUACAGAAAUUUUGAAGCAGGUUUUACUGGAUGAACACAAGGAUACUUUGAAAGAUCAAGAAAGUUGUGUAAAAUAUCUGAAAAAAAAGUGUAAUAAAUGGUCUAGAAGGGGUGAUGAUCGUUUCUCUUUUGUAUGUGUUUUCCAAAACGCUACGUGUGAGCUGAUGGUAAAAGACGUACAAGAUAGAUGCAAAGUAUUCGAAAAAAAUAUGCAAGCAUCAGACAUUAACGAUUCUUUUGAAAACAAACAAAUAAAAAUAAAAUCAGCAGCAAAUAUUUGUCCCUCAUGGCAUCCAUACUGCGAUAGAUUUUUACCCAAUUGUCCUGAUCUUAAGAAAGGAAAAACUUUCUGUCAAAAUCUUAAAAAAUAUUGCGAACCAUUCUACAAAAGAAAGGUUUUAGAAGAUGCUCUUAAAGUAGAGCUUCGAGGAAAUUUAAGUAAUAUAACUAAAUGUGAACCUGCAUUAGAAAGAUAUUGUACAGUAUUGAAAGACGUAAAUAAUGCGUCAAUCAGCAGUUUAUGUAAAGAUAAUACCGAAAGUAAAACUAAAAAGGCCGAUAAUAAAAAUGUUAGAAAGAAGCUUUGUCUAAAAUUAGUGGAAGAGGUGGAACAGCAAUGCAAAGUAUUACCAGCAGAAUUAACGGAGUUAGAAAAAAGUCUAAAAAAAGAUGUUAAGACAUAUGAGGAACUUAAGGAAAGGGCAAAAAAAGCAAUGAACAGAUCCAAUCUUGUUUUAUCACUCAUUAAGAAAGACGGAAAUAAUACACCGAAAAAUAAUAGUAAAAGCAAGGAUAAGAAUGUCGUUUCAAAUGAAAAAGAUACCACAAAAUAUGUGAAAAUACUACGAAGAGGAGUUAAGGAGGCACUUGUAACAGAAUCUGAAGCCAAGGCAUUUGAUUUGGCAGCAGAAGUGUUUGGAAGAUAUGUAGACUUGAAAGAAAGAUGUGAGAAAUUGGCCUCAGAUUGCGGGAUUAAAGACGAUUGUGAUGAUUUAAAAGAUGUGUGUGAAAAGAUUGAGAAGACAUGUCGUAAUCUGAAGCCUCUGGAGGUGAAACCGCACGAAGCAGUGACAGAAAGCACAACGACGACCACGACGACCACAACAACCGUUACCGAUCCGAAGGCAACAGAAUGCAAAUCCUUACAGACAACAGACACAUGGGUUACACAGACAUCAACACACACAAGCACGUCUACCAUCACAUCUACGAUUACAUCAAAAAUAACACUCACAUCAACGAGGCGUUGCAAACCAACCAAGUGUACGACAGGGGAUGAUGCAGAGGACGUGAAGCCGAGUGAGGGAUUGAAGAUGAGUGGGUGGAGCGUGAUGAGGGGGGUGAUAUUAGCAAUGAUGAUUUCGUUCAUGAUUUAG